UGGCUGGGCCUUCCUGGGCCUUGCACAUCGUAGUUCUCGUGGGUUUAAUUUCCCCCGUUUUUUUCCAGACACUUCCGGGUCCUGCGUCGCUCCGGAAGCCCGUGAGUUCCGGAAGCCCGAGUAGCCCAGGAAAAGCCAAGCUUCGUAGGGAAUGUUUCAGGAAAAGUUACGUGGAGCGGGGGCGUUUCGCAGACUCCCAAGAGUGGGCUUGCUCUGUUAAAUACUCAGAAGUAUCAACUUUCUGAAAGAAAAGAUGAGUGCCGUGCUACUCUCUUAAAAAUGUAUUUAUGAAGGUAGCAAGCGCAACCCCGUUGGUGGGGGUCAAAUAACCAAGGGGACAGGUCCUGCUGGGACCCAGCCCGUUCGCUCAGAAUCCCCACUCCGUCUUGCCCUCCAGCUCCUGGCUAGUAUGAGGCAAGGAUUUCGCAGAAGAACGAGCAGCCAGAAUCCCCAGUGCUCUAGGCUGUGGAGUCCUGAGGAAGCCCCAGGAAGGGGAAAAAGAGACCUUUGGAGAAGGCAUGGCUUCCAGAGAAGAGACUCCGGAGAGUACACACAGGGUGCUGAGAAUAAGUCAGCUGGACGCACUCGAACUGAACAAGGCCCUGGAGCAGCUGGUUUGGUCCCAGUUUUCUCAGUGCUUCCAUGGCUUUAAGCCAGGGCUCUUAGCCUGCUUUGAGCCCGAGCUGAAAGCGUUCUUGUGGCUUUUCUUGUGGAGAUUCACCCUUUACUCUAAAAAUGCCACCGUGGGACAGUCCGUUUUAAACAUUCAGUACAAAAACGAUUUUUCCCCGACUCUGAGAUACCAGCCGCCAAGUAAAAACCAGAAGCUCUGGUUUGCUGUCUGUACAAUUGGUGGGAAGUGGUUAGAAGAACGAUGCUACGAUUUAUUUCGAAACCGUCACUUGGCGUCAUUCGGAAAAGCCAGACAGUGUGUGACUUUUAUGGUUGGGCUUUGGAAGUUAGGUGAGCUGGUGAAUUUCUUGCUUUUCCUCCAAAGGGGCAAGUUUGCCACUUUGACUGAACGUCUCCUGGGCAUGCGUUCUGUCUUUUGCAAGCCCCAGAGCGUGCGUGAGGUUGGCUUCGAGUACAUGAACAGGGAGCUGCUCUGGCACGGUUUUGCCGAGUUCCUCAUUUUCCUCUUACCUCUCAUCAAUAUCCAGAAGCUGAAGGCCAAGUUGUCUUCCUGGAAUAUCCCUCUCACUGGGGCCCCUGACGGUGACAGCGCACCCGCCACCAGCGGCCGGCAGUGUGCUCUGUGCGGGGAGUGGCCCACCAUGCCACACACCAUAGGCUGUGAGCACAUCUUCUGCUACUACUGUGUUAAGAGCAGCUUCUUAUUUGACGUGUACUUCACGUGUCCUAAGUGUGGCACAGAGGUCCACAGCGUGCAGCCGCUGAAAUCGGGACUGGAGGUGUCAGAGGUGAACGCCCUGUAGCGACAGAGAUGGCUUCCACUGAGGAAAACUGCCUUAGGUUUAGAUCCUCUGCAUUCGUCAUCCUGCGCGUACCGUUUAGGUGUCAUGGAGGAGGGCGUGCCCUUCGCAGCCUCUCUCUUCCCUUCCUUGCCCGGCGUGACUAAAUUCUCUUCACUGGAGUCCACCUGAUUCUUAGUAUAAUUCUGUAAAGGGUAAUGUGUGUGUGUCGUUUCGUUUGUUUAAUUAUUGCCUUCAAUCUCUCAUGUCAAGAAUAAUGGAUGGUUUUGUCAGAUGACUGCUAAGAAUGGCCUGUGUUUUGCUCCUUUCUGGAAAAAGCAUGGACUCUAAAAGUAAAAGGUUUCGGAGACUGUG